GACGGUAAUAAGGUCAGUGACUGUGGAGUCACGGGGGUCACACCGAUCCAGGUCUUGUGAUUUAACAUCAUGGUGAAAGAGAAAUUACGGAGCUGCCGCAUAAGUAAAUACGGCUAUGGAGGAUGGGUCCAGAUGGAACAUUCAUGCAAGGAUGAAGCAAAAAUGAUGAAAGAUGGAAAACUUUUCAGGGUGGUUCAGUCCAACUGUUGGGACCCAGAGGUGCGGAUAAGAGAGAUGGAUCAGUCCGGGGUGACUGUACAAGCCCUGUCCACUGUCCCCGUAAUGUUCAGCUAUUGGGCCAAACCACAAGACACCUUAGACCUGUCCCGUUUCCUCAAUGAUGAUUUGGCAGCUGUGGUCAAGAAACAUCCGAAGAGAUUUGUCGGGCUCGGAACGUUACCGAUGCAGAGUCCGGAGCUGGCAGUGCAAGAAAUGCACCGAUGUGUGAAAGAACUGGGGUUCCCAGGGAUUCAGAUCGGCUCCCAUAUAAAUCAGUGGGAACUUGACUCAACAGAACUGUACCCAGUAUAUGCAGCCGCAGAAGUGUUAAAUUGUUCACUUUUUGUUCACCCGUGGGACAUGCAGAUGGAUGGGAGGAUGUCGCAAUACUGGCUUCCAUGGCUGGUGGGAAUGCCAGCGGAGACCACGACCGCCGUCUGCCGUAUGAUUAUGGGCGGGAUAUUCGAGAGGUUUCCAAAACUUAAAGUCUGCUUUGCUCAUGGUGGUGGCGCCUUCCCGUUCACAGUUGGUCGCAUUGACCACGGCUUCAAUGUGCGCCCUGAUCUCUGCGCCAUCCACAAUAAAGUGCCUCCUCGGAAGUACCUUGGGGGUUUCUACACAGACUCUUUGGUACAUGAUCCUCGGGCCUUAGAACUCCUUGUAGACGUAAUAGGAGAGGAUAAGGUGCUGCUGGGUUCGGACUAUCCUUUCCCCCUGGGAGAACACAAACCCGGACUUCUGAUUGAGUCAAUGAAAGACUUUGAUACAAAACUAAAGGACAAGCUUUUGGCUGAAAAUGCGUUGAAUUUCCUAGGACUUGACAGAACAAACUUUGAAUGACAGAAUGUCGCCUGAGAACAGCUGAAGGCACCCUGGUUGGGAAACACUGAUCUAGCCUCUGUCUGGCUGGUGUAUUUUAGUAUAGAAAUAAAGAAAGAAGUAUGGAACAACACAAUAGAUUACACUGUUUUCAUAGAUGUACAAAGCAUAGAUAAUAAAUAAAUAAACAACAUU